AUGGCGCCGGCAAUCCUCCCUAUCCUCUGGGUCACCCUAGGGGGGCUCUUCGUCAUCGGGGGUCUACUUUUCACACACCUCCUUCCUUCUCUUUUACACUCCAAGCUCCUUCCCUUGGGAAGCUUCGGGUGGCCCUUGCUCGGGGAGACAAUGAGAUUCUUGCAACCUCACUCGUCAGCUGCUCUCGGAAGUUUUCUUCAGGACCACUGUUCUAGGUGAGUGUCUCUCUUCUCACCAUCUAAUCAUCUUGCAAAGUAUCCUCGAACAAUCUAACCCUCAUCUGCUCUGGGCAUGGUGCAGGUACGGGAAGGUAUUCAAGUCCCACCUCUUUCUCUCUCCCACCAUUGUCUCCUGUGACCCAGAACUCAACAACUUCAUACUCCAGAACGAGGACAGGUAUUUCCAGGGUAGCUAUCCGAAGCCUGUCCAUGGUGUUCUGGGGAAGAACUCCCUGCUGGUGGUCGUGGGAGAAACCCACAAACGCCUGAGGACGAUGGCCCUAGCGCUGGUCAACGCCACCAAAGCAAAUCCCGGGUACAUCAACGACAUAGAAACGAUGGCAACAUACGUCAUGACGCGCUGGAAGGGCAAGGAGGAAGUCUACUUCUGCGAUGAGGCCAGGAAGGUUCGUAUGAGCGAAUAGUUAAUGCCCAUAAUCUAAAGUUUCACCUUCAACGCAUCUCACCAUGUUUCUCUUUCUCUCUCUCUCUCUCUCUCUCUCUCUCUCACGCCGCAGUUCACAUUCAGUGUAAUAGUGAAGCAGGUGCUGGGGCUCUCCCCAGAUGACACAACAACUGCUGUCAUUCUUCGCGACUUUAGAACUUUCAUGAACGGACUCAUCUCUUUUCCUCUAUACAUUCCGGGUCUUCCAUACGCCAGGGCUGUUCAGGUCACUCCCUUCUUUUCCUCCCUCCCUCCCUUCUCUCCAUCCCCACUCUCCCUCCUCUCAAGGUGGUAGCCUUUUUCACUUUCUCUCCACCAGAGAAACCUUUUACACCGUUUCUUUUGGCCACCCGGUCUCCUUACAGGCUAGAACUAGAAUAGCUUCUGCUGUGAAAGACAUAUUAGAAGAAAGAGCGAGAAGUAUGGGAGCCAGCCCCUGCAACGGGGGCCAAGACUUCCUCGAUGUGCUCCUCUCAGUUGGCAACUUAUCUGACGAAGAAAAGGUGAGCUUCGUGAUGGAUUCUCUUCUAGGUGGAUAUGAAACCACCACCCUCUUACUGGCUAUGGCAGUGCACUUCCUUGGGCAGUGCCCUGCCGCGCUAGACCAGCUCUUGGUAAGCCUAAACCCCCUUCUCUGUCCUCUCCAGACACACGUGAUGUCCCCACCUCUCCUUCUAAAAAGACUUAUUUUUCGCAGUCGGAGCAUCGGAAUAUCAGAGACGACAGAGACGAGAACCAGCCUCUGUCCUGGGACGACUAUAAGAAGAUGGAGUUCACUCAAAAUGUGAAUUGUUGCCCCCCCGUCCCGCCUCUCUCUUUUCAUUCGGCUUGCGUUGUAUAUAGCAACUGCAUAUUCUUCCUUACGAUGGGAUUUGUUUUCGCAGGUGAUUAACGAGUCUCUCAGGUGUGGAAACAUCGUCAAGUUCGUCCAUCGAAAGGCUCUCAUAGAUGUCAGAUUCAAAGGUAUUCCCCCGCAAAGUUGUGUUUCGAAGUUCUCAACUCUAUUUCCAAACUGCUGCGGUUUAGAUGGUACGUUCACCAUUUUCUGAUGAACAUGUUACACUACUAAAGACGAAGUUUGCUUUCUGGCAGAUUACCUGAUUCCGUCGGGCUGGAAGGUUCUACCGGUGCUUUCCGCAGUACAUCUUGACCCAUCCCUUCAUGGAGAUCCCUCAACCUUCAAUCCGUGGAGAUGGGAGGUAAUCAGCUGACUCACUCCCCAACUCCCGAAAGUGAAGUAUUCCAAAGAACGAAAGAAUGCUAUCAGAAAGAUGAUCUGAAGUCAAUAUUCUUGACUGUUCACUGGUACCAUACUAAUUUCUAAUGACUGUCACCACUUUCCGUCGUCGGAAACGAAGUAUAUCAGCUAAAGUGCGAACUAAAUUUCAUUUACCCGAAAAAGCAAGGACGCAACUUUUUCCUCCGAGUUCUCUGCAGCGAGUCCUGCAGGCUUUUCCUUCAAUCGCCUGACCCCGUGGUCAUUUUUCGUGGACUAUCAGGGCCAAAACCAAACAGCAUCCAAGAAGUUCACCCCUUUUGGGGGAGGCACGAGACUGUGCCCGGGAUCUGAGCUCGCCAAAGUAGAAACGGCCGUUUUCCUCCAUCACUUUCUCCUCAAUUUCAGGUAAAAAAAGAAAGAAGAGAUCAAAACUGGUACUUACUUUGCCAGCGGGCUCACCUUCUCCAUUAGGACGCUAGCGGGCCUUGAACCGAUUUUCACGGUCUGAAGGAAAAUCCUGACGAAGACCGGGACCCGGAUCGGAUCUUGAGAAAUCCUGACCACCGUGCAAGGGUUCUAGGGCUCGCAUCUGAUCUCGUCUCCUCAUUCCGUUCCUCUUUAUGCAUAGGUGGAGACCUGCGGCGGAAGAUGUCCCCAUUGCUUACCCGUACGUGGAAUUCCCCGGAGGAUUGCCGCUGAAAGUCGAACCGAUAGACGGGGAAUAG